CUCUUGGUAUGGUCAUGGGGAAUUCGGGAUUCUUGUAUUUCAUAGGAAUGUGGUUAUUUAUUUUCUAUAUGCCUAAAACUUGUGUGGCUAGUGUCCAAAAUAUCGGCAAGUUGAAUCCAGGAUUUAAAGGAUCUCAAAUGAACUGGAUUGAUAAUGAUGGGGUGUUUCUAGUAUCCAAUAACUCGAAUUUUGGGUUUGGCUUCACUACCACCCAAGAUGUCACCUUGUUUCUGCUUGCGAUCAUUCACAUGAGCAGCUCAACAAAAGUUUGGUCUGCAAAUAGAGCCUCUCCAGUUGGAAAUUCUGAUGAUUUUGUGUUUGAUGAUGGUGGAAAUGCUUACUUAAAAAGUGGUGGAAAUGUAGUUUGGUCCACGGAUACAGCCAAGAAAGGUGUUUCUGCCAUUGAAUUACUAGACUCGGGUAAUUUGAUUUUGAUUGGGAACGACAGUAGUGUAAUUUGGCAGAGUUUUAGCCAUCCAACUGAUACACUUCUGUCAAAUCAAGACUUCAUUGAAGGGAUGAAACUAGUAAGCAAUCCCAACUCAAGGAAUUUGACUUAUUCUCUUGGAAUCAAGUCGGGUGAUAUGAUUCUCUCUGCAGAUUUCCCAACUCCCCAGCCAUAUUGGUCCAUGAGAAAGGACAGUCGAAGAACUAUUGACACAAAUGGUGGGAUUAUCAAUAUCGCGACUCUUGAGGCCAAUUCAUGGAGGUUUUAUGAUCAAAACAGAGUGUUACUCUGGCAAUUCAUUUUUUCCGAUAAUACUGAUUCAAAUGCCACUUGGAUUGCAGUUUUAGGGUUCCAAGGCUUUAUCACUUUCAUAAAUCUUCAAACCAGAGGUCAAACUGUUAAUUCUCCAACAAACAUACCAAGCGAUUCGUGCAGCACUCCUGAGGCCUGUGAUCCAGUUUAUGUUUGUUAUAGUGGCAACACGUGCCAGUGCCCUUUAGGCCUGGACUCAACAUGCAAAAUGGGGAUUGGCUCUCCAUGCAAUGAAUCAAACGGUUCUAUGGACCUUGUGAAUGCCGGGGAUGGGCUCAACUAUUUUGCGCUUGGAUUUGUUUCGCCCUCUUCAACCACUGAUUUAAAUGGUUGCAAAGACUCUUGCCUUGGAAACUGCUCGUGCGUUACUAUGUUCUUUGAAAACAGUUCCGGGCAUUGCUUUCUCUUUGACCAGAUAGGAAGCUUGCAAGGCUCAAGCAAUGGUGCUGAUUUUGUUUCAUACAUUAAGGUCCAGAGUACUGGAGGCAAUGGGGGAAAUCCUGGAGGAGGUGGAAGCACACGCUUCCCUUUUGUUAUCAUCAUAGUUGUUGCGACAGUACUUGUUAUAUUUGGACUAUUUUUUGCAGGAUAUCGUUACUAUAAGAAGAAAAAUCAGAAAUUGCCAGAGUCUCCUAAAGAAGCAUCUGAAGAGGAUAAUUUCUUGGAGGGUUUAGCUGGGAUGCCCAUUCGUUUCACUUACAAAGAUCUUGAAACUGCUACCAAUAACUUCACUGUUAAACUUGGACAAGGAGGGUUUGGCUCAGUCUAUCAAGGGCUUCUUCCAGAUGGAACCCAAUUGGCCGUAAAGCAAUUGGAAGGCAUUGGCCAGGGAAAGAAAGAGUUUCGAGCUGAAGUUAGUAUCAUUGGCAGCAUCCAUCAUCACCACUUAGUGAGGCUCAAAGGCUUCUGUGCUGAAGGAAGCCACCGGCUCCUUGCUUACGAGUACAUGGCCAAUGGGUCUUUGGAUAAAUGGCUAUUUAGGCAAAACAAAGAGAACAUGAUGUUGGAUUGGAAUACAAGAUACAAUAUUGCAUUGGGUACGGCUAAAGGAUUAGCUUAUCUCCACGAGGAUUGUGAUGUGAAGAUUGUCCAUUGCGACAUAAAGCCUGAAAAUGUGCUUCUUGAUGAUCACUACCUGGCCAAAGUGUCGGAUUUUGGUCUUGCUAAGCUAAUGAAUAGAGAACAAAGCCAUGUUUUCACAACACUAAGGGGCACCAGGGGGUACCUAGCACCAGAAUGGAUCACGAACUAUGCUAUAUCAGAGAAGAGCGAUGUUUAUAGCUAUGGAAUGGUGUUGCUUGAGAUCAUUGGGGGAAGAAAAAACUAUGACGCCUUGGAAACUUCAGAAAAAUCCCACUUCCCAUCCUAUGCUUUUAAGAUGAUGGAAGAAGGAAAAUUAAGGGACAUUUUUGACUCGAAGUUGACGUUUGAUGAUGAGGAUGGAAGGGUGGCCAUAGCUGUCAAGGUUGCUUUGUGGUGUAUACAGGAUGACAUGUAUCUAAGACCACCAAUGACAAAAGUAGUCCAAAUGCUUGAAGGCCUUUCUCCAGUCCCUCAGCCACCAACAUCUUCCCCGAUGCGUUCUCGCCUCUUCCCAAAUAUCUUCAAAACUGUCAGUGAGGAGGGCACUUCGUCGGGGCCCUCAGACAGCAACAGUGAUGCCUAUCUUUCAGCUGUACGACUUUCAGGGCCGAGAUAGCAGCAACCAGAGAUGGAGGAUGGACAUUUGAUCUAGGGGAUAAGACACUCACAUGCACAAUGAUCUCCCGUUUUGUUUUUCUUUUAUAUUUGUUAGAUUACUGAAAUUUUGUAACACCGGCCAUUGCAUAGAUUCAAACUUGUUCUCGCAUUUGUAGAUCUGUAAAUCAAUGAUACUAUUCAUUUUGAUAUAAA